ACCGCGAGUGACAUUAUCAGAGCGUGCCCCGGGUCCACCGUGUUUUGCUGGGCGGGGCAUGGCGUAAGUUACGGCGGGCAACCGACCGUAUGGAUCCGCGUGAAGCGCGCCGAGACGACUGCGGAAAAAAAAAAUCUCGCUGUGAACGCGAACCUCGUUUGGGCCGUCCACAGUUUCCCUCCGGAGCCAUAACAGAGUGACACAUAGUCUUCGGGAGAGGGAAAGAAGAAGAUGGCAGGGACCAAAUCAGCACUGGUGCUCUGCAUGGAUGUGGGGUUCUCCAUGGCCAACUCAGCCCCCGGUGAAGAGCCUCCCUUUGAACUCGCCAAAAAAAUCAUCCAGAAGUUUGUCCAGCGCCAGGUUUUUGCUGAGUCUAAGGAUGAACUGGCUUUAGUUCUGUUUGGCACAGAUUCCACCAGAAACCCUCUGUACCGUGAAGGCCAGUACCAGAACGUCACCAUCCACCGCCACCUCAUGAUGCCUGAUUUUGAGCUUCUGGAGGAAAUUGAGAAUCAGAUCCAUCCAGAGAGUCAGCAGGCGGAUUGGCUGGAUGCUCUUGUUGUCUGCAUGGAUCACCUUCAGAAAGAAACUAAAGGGAAAGGGAAGAAGUUCGAUCGUCUCAACGUUGCCCUCCUGACUGACCUCAACACCCAGGCUAGUGCAGACCACCUGGAUGUUAUUAUCGACAACCUGAAACAAGCUGGCAUCACCUUGCAGUUCUUUUUGCCUUUCCCUGCGGAGGACGACGACGAGGAGGGCGCAGGAGAUGCAGACAGAAGAGGCCCUGGUCACCUGGGCACGGGCAAAGGUCUGUCCAGGGAACAGAAGAAUAGCCUGGACAUGGUGAAGCACAUCAUGCUAAGUCUGGAUGAGGAAGACGGCCUGGAUGAAAUUUAUACAUUCAAGAAAGCAAUCGAGCAGUUGUGCAUGUUCAAGCGUAUCGAGAAGAGACCCAUGGCUUGGCCCUGUCAGCUGACCAUCGGCAGCUCCCUGUCCAUCCGUAUUGUUGGUUACAAAGCAGUGACAGAAGAGAGGCUGAAGAAGAUGUGGAUCACAGUUGAUGCUCAAACCACCAAGCCAGAGGAUGUGAAGAGAGAGACUGUCUACUGUCUGAACGAUGACAACGAGACAGAGGUGCAAGAGGAUGAUACCAUUCAAGGUUUCCGUUACGGAAGUGACAUUGUUCCCUUUUCCAAAGUGGAUCAAGAGCAAAUGAAAUACAAGCACGAUGGGAAGUGCUUUGCUGUUCUAGGCUUUACCAAACAGAACAUGGUACAUCGUCAUCACUUCAUGGGAAAUCAGGUCAUCAAGGUGUUUGCUCCCAAGGAUGAUGAGCAUGCAGGAGUGGCGUUGUCGGCCGUCAUCCGGGCGCUGGAUGAACUCAAAAUGGUGGCCAUUGUGCGCUACGCCUAUGGCCGAAGCAGCAACCCUCAAGUAGGAGCAGCUUUCCCCUGUAUCAAGCCGGAAUAUGAGUGUCUGAUGUACAUCCAGCUGCCCUUCACAGAAGACCUCCGACAGUUUACGUUUCCUUCUCUUGAAAACAACAAAAAGUUCACUGCAUCAGACACUCAGCUGUCCGCUGUGGACUCUCUCAUUGACUCCAUGAUGUUGGUAGAGGAAGAUGAGAAUGGAGAACAAAAGGACAUGUUCAAAGUCCACAACAUUCCCAACCCUGCCUUCCAGAGGCACUUCCAGUGUCUGCAUCAUCGAGCAGUAAGCCCUGGUACCCCUCUUCCCCCCAUGGAACCGUGGCUGAAGGCUGCUCUUGAGAGCCCUGAGGUCAUUAGUGAACGUUGCCAAGCUCCACUAGAGGAGCUGAAGAGGAAGUUUCCUCUCACAGAAGCGUGGAAGAAAAAGAAGCUAAAGACUAGUGCUCAGAUAUUUGGCAAAGACUCUGAGGAACCAGAUACCAAGAAGGCAAAAGGAGAUGACAACGAAGAGGAGGAGGAGUAUAACCUUGCUGACAUUGCUGAAGGCUCUGUUACUUCGGUGGGAAGCGUGGAUCCAGCCCGAGAUUUCCGCACUCUGAUCAAGCUGAAGAGUCUUCCUUUCGGAGAAAUCUGUCAGCAACUGACUCACAGGAUAGAGCAAUUGCUUAGCAACAAGAACACACACUACUACAUGAAAAGCAUCACCUGUAUCCAGGCUUUUAGAGAGCAGUCUGUUAAGCGGGGAAAUGCUGAUCUGUACAAUAGCUACCUCCAGUCCCUGAAAAGGAGCAUCCCAAAAAGAGGGCUAGAGGUCUUCUGGGAUCUGCUUGUUCAAGAUGCAAUAACUCUGAUCAGCAAAGACGAGGUUGACGGAAGCACUGUGCCAAAAAAUGAAGCUAAUCAGUUUCUGGUUGCUGAGGAGAAGGAAGAAGAAGCGGCUGCAACACACACUGAAGAUACAGGAGAUGUUGAUGACUUGCUGGACAUGAUGUAAGAGGGGAUGCCAUGGGAUUGUCUGCAGUGGACAUGCAGAGAAAUAAGAAUGCAAUCAUUCAGCCCGACCGGACCAAACCAAUUCAGCCGUCCAUUGUUCUGCCUCUCACUUGGUGACCCCUUAUACUUUGUAACUGGUGGCAAUGAGUAACUGCAUGCUGUACUGCACAAAACAGUUUGAUUUACACCAGUACUGUAUAAGAAGACUACUCUUGUCUUUAGAAUCUACUAAAACUAUGUUGAUGGCUUUAGAUGUGGUUAAUGAGAAAUGUCAAUCUCAAAUUUAAUGUAAAUUUUAUGAAUGUCUCGUUACAAUUUCAUGGUAAUAUGCUGUAAUGUUGGAUACAGUGAGUACUUUAAAUGUCAAGGUUUAUGUGCACUAGGAACCUUUGGGAAGCAAAUCAGCGUCCAACAAACUGCAAAUUUAUUAUCUUUGAUCAGUAAAGCUUAAUGUUUGAAAAAUG